CAGCCUGCCUGCCUGCUCGCCCGGCCCGCGACCCAUGUCCCGCCGCAAGGCCGGCAGCGCGCCCCGCCGAGUCGACCCCGUGCCCACCGCCAACUCAGACGACGAGAUGGAGAUGCCGGACCUCGUCAUCGAAGCGAAGCCCGAGCUAGACGCGCGGCCCCUACAGGCCCCGGGGCUGGGGCCCUUCUCCCCGAAGGAGGCGCCCGCACCGCGGCGCCCCGGAGGCGAACCCCGCCAUUCCCCCGGCCCCACGCCCGCCGGGGCCGUCCUCCACGCCCUCGGCGCGAGGAGCCAGUGGGCCCUGUGGACGCGGCUGAUCCCCAACUCUCUCGACCGCCAGCCAUGGACCGACAAACACCCAGAUCUGUUGACCUGCGGCCGCUGCCUGCAGACCUUCCCGUUGGAGGCCAUCACUGCCUUCAUGGACCACAAGAAGCUGGACUGUCAGCUCUUCAGAGGCCCCAGACCCUGGCAGGGCUCAGAAUGCGAGGACCUCAAAGCCUUGAGCUGCCUCCGCUGCGGCAGACAGUUCACACAAGCCUGGAAGCUGCUGUACCACGCCCAGUGGGAUCACGGCCUGUCCAUCUACCAGACAGAAUCCGAAGCCCCCGAGACCCCGCUGCUGGGCCUGGCUGAGGUGGCUGUUGCAGUGUCCGCCGUGGUAGGGUCAGAGGUUGAGCCCAGGGGCUCCCGGGUUAGCGGCCGGCGGAGCCCCACCUGCUCUGUGUGCAAGAAGACCCUCAGCUCCUUCAGCAACCUCAAGGUGCACAUGCGCUCGCACACGGGCGAGCGGCCCUAUGCCUGUGACCAGUGUCCCUAUGCCUGUGCCCAGAGCAGUAAGCUCAACCGCCACAAGAAGACGCAUCGACAGCUGCAGCCCCAGAGCCCCUGCGCUGCCGACGCUGGUCAGGAGCAGGCCUCCGCGGCACCCCCAGAACCAGCCGCCCACGCUGCCGCUCCAGCUAGCACCCUCCAGUGCAGCGAUGGGGAAGGGGGUGGAGCCGCCGCCACAGCCGGUGUCCAGGAGCCUGGGGCUCCCAGGGGUGGGGCUCAGGCAGGCCCUGGGGAUGACGACUGGGGAGGUGCCACCAUGGAACAGAGAGCUGACCCUGCCAAGAGCCAGAAGCCUCUGCCCAAGAAGAUGCAGAAGUCCACGGGCAAGAGCCGCGGGCCAGGGGGCAGCUGUGAGUUCUGCGGAAAGCACUUCACCAACAGCAGCAACCUGACAGUGCACCGGCGCUCACACACCGGGGAGCGGCCCUACACUUGCCAGCUGUGCCCCUACGCCUGUGCACAGAGCAGCAAGCUCAACCGCCACCGCCGCAUGCACGGCCUGGGGCCUGGCGGCACCUGCUUCCAGUGCCCCCACUGCUGCAUUCCCUUUGGCCUGCGUGCCACCCUGGACAAGCACUUGCGACAGAAGCAUGGGGAGGGGGCAUCUGAGCAUCGGGCUGCCCCUGUGCCCCACUCCUAAUGCCACUGUUGGCCUGCCUGUCCUUCCCCUGCUGCAAGUAAAUCCUUCCUCCCUAGUACUCGUUCGGACUCUUGGCUUUCUUGGGGUGUAUGAGGUGGGGCAGGAGGCUCCCCUCCUUGGGUGGACGGCUGGACAGACCGGUUUGGGGUGAGGAGGUGAGGGGAAAGGCCGGCCCCCAGCGCCUGCGGCACAGCAGGACUGGCACAGAAAGCCGUGCUCCCGGUUCCCGGUGUGGGCGAGGCCAGGGCAGGGGCUGAGGCGAGGGCUGGGGAGCGGCCUGGACCUGUUGCCAGAGGCCCCCGGGCAAAGAGUCCCUGCCCAGCCUCUGCUGGGUGCAGGCCCGCACCCCAUCCACACCUGCAGUCAGGUGUGGGCCCUUCCACAGCCCGAUGAUUGCCCGUGCCUUCACUUCCAGCACACCUGGCUGAGCCUCUGGGCUUUGUGACCCACACAGCAGUUCUCAGCAACAAGCCCAACGCUCUUGCACCAUCCAGAGGUCUGGUUCCUUCAGCAAGGACUGGCCCUGCUGGCAGCACUGGCACCCGCUUGUAAACCUAGCCAGUUCCCAACCCAGGACUGCCCUGUACCGACCACAGACCACACUGAGGCCAGGUGAAGGGAAU